AUGUACGCUUCCACUGCCACUGCAACCCCGCCACCAUGCCUGGCCGAAGUGCUGUUGGGAAUUACGGGCAAGGACUUUACCUUGAUCGCUGCCUCCAAGGCUGCGAUGCGCGGGGCUACCAUCCUCAAGGCUUCCGACGACAAGACCAGACAACUGAACAAGCAUACGCUGGUGGCCUUUUCUGGCGAGGCGGGAGACACGGUGCAAUUUUCGGAGUACAUCCAAGCCAACGCGCAGCUAUACUCGAUGCGAAAUGACACCGAUUUAUCACCCACGGCGCUGGCGUACUACGUCAGAGGCGAGCUCGCGUCGAGCUUGAGAUCGCGGAAUCCCUACCAGGUGAACCUGCUGCUCGGAGGCGUCGACCCCAUCACCCACGAGCCAAGCCUGUUCUGGCUGGACUACCUCGCGGCUCUGGCACCCGUCCCUUACGCCGCCCACGGCUACGCACAGUAUUACUGCCUCUCGAUCCUAGACAAACACCAUCACCCGGAAAUGACGCUUGUCCAGGGUAUCAAGGUGCUCGAGAUGUGCAUAGACGAGCUCAAGAGACGGUUACCCAUCGACUUCAAGGGCGUGACAGUCAAGGCGGUAACGAAGGACGGGGUCCGGGAAAUCGAAUUCAACAACGACAAGAUAGUCAAGAGCGCCUAG